CCCAUGCCCGACCCAAACGACGCGGAAGUGCACCACCGCCGUCGCUUCAGCAUGAGCGACGCCCUCGUCCUCAACCCCUUCCACAGCAUUCAUCUAAGUCGACGACGCGCACGCUCAACCAUCCGCUCCGACACCUCAGACCAAACCACAUCGUCACAGGAACCAACCCAAGCAAGAUCACGCUCGAGAUCGCGGUCCCGGUCUAUCCUCCAUCUCCCACUAACUCUCCUCCGCGGGCUAAGCAACACCCGAAAACGACCCGACCUACUCCCAACCGACCAGGCCACACCCGCAAAUCCCAUCCUCGAGUUCCGUGGCGGUGACACCUGGGAUCUUCUCGCGAGGGAUAGGAAGAGUCUAGGACUGGACUUGUUCUGGCCCAUUGAUUUCUCAAACCCAGACUCUGGUCAACAUCCCACAAAAGCAACCCAAAUCAAUACAGAACAACAACAACUCCGACUCCAACCUCAACCCCAACUCCAAGAACCGGGCCAAGUACCCAAAGAAAAAGAUACCGAUGAUGAUGAACAUGAGCAAGAACGAGAAAUCUUCCCUCUAACAUCCCUAACCCCCAUCCUGCACUUCCGCCAUCUGCGCACCCUAAAAUUAACCGGCAUGAUGACUUCCUACCAGAAAUACAUCUGGCAAGCAGCUUGGCUAAACCCGCACCUGGAAGAACUGGAGCUCGGCAUGGCCCUCGCCCCAAGUCUACGACGGAAAUAUGUGAAAAAAUGGCCCUGUAUUUGUGGGGGAUGGACACUUAGCAAGGAGAGACUGGGGGAGCCGGUUUAUUAG